GUCUAGAAACUCGUUUAUGAGUGGUCAUUAUGCCUACAAGUCUGGUCUCCAGCACGCCGUGCUAUUGUCCCAGCAGGCUGUCUGCUCGCCUCUUAACUACACUUUCUUACCACAGAAGCUUAAAGAGCUAGGAUACGCCACCCAUGCAAUAGGAAAGUAUAUAUACCGCAAUUUGCAAUGUUGAACCGAGUAAAAUGGAUUCUAUGGCGAUGUAGCGGUAUAUUUUCUUCUGUUUGAUUUGAUCAAACGGUUCUUGGUUCAUGAAUGAAAUGCUUUCUUUGGUUUGUUAAAGGGGAGAUGAAGGUUGCAAAUAUUGCAGAAAAAUGCAUAACCCGCGCCUGCAAUUCUUAUCCUAGUGUAUUUUCAGAAUUUAAAUUUUAUUUCUUAUAUUUACUUUCGAUUUUCACUUCUGUCAAUAUUCCCAGAUGUUAAAACAGCAGUUCUAUAUUUACAAGGAUUCAUACACGUGUCGAUUACAACAAUAUCGCAUACAUGAGCAACCUUUGACUCCCAUUAAACAAAUACAAAAGGACAUUUUCUUUUUCUGAUUUUUCUGUAUUUAAAAAAUAUAUAUAUGAAUACUUUCAAGUACGUAAAAUAAAGAUGUUAUUGAUUUGAUAGUUAUUUAAACAUAACAGGUUAAAAUUACCUGACCUUGGCUUGUCUCCAUAUUUGGACUUGUAAUUGGAUUUGGUUAAAAAAAGAUAUCAAUAGCAAUUUAACAGCUCAAAUGUUUGACAAUCCUGAACAGCUUCUCCAUCGUCAAUUUCACAUGCCUAUAUGUAUGUACCAAUAUUCCAUUAUCAACUGCAGAUGAUCUUUAUAUCUCUCAAUUGAUUCGAUACUCAAGAUCUUGUUCUGCGUAUGAUCAGUUUUUAAAUCAAAACAAUCUGACAAAUACGUUGAUGUUUAAGGGGUUUCAACAGUCUCGUUUAAAGUGAGCUCUUCGCAAAUGCUAUUGUGGCUAUUAUGAUCUUGUUUGCCAAUACAACGUACAUGUAUCUUUGGAUGAAAUAGCGAUACAAGAACUACAUUUUUGUCAUCUGUAAACGUGGUAGCAAAUUAAUACUUUGCAACCGUUCUUAAGUACACAUGUAUCUCUUUGAAACUUACGUUUUGCAAUUUCAGAUGGCACCUGGGAUUUUGUAGUUGGGAGUGCACCCCCACUUAUAGAGGUUUUGACACAUUCUAUGGAUUUUACAAUGGUCAGGAGGACUACUAUCAGCUUACUGUCGCACAUCUAUGCAAGGAGGGCAGAAUUAAUCAUUAAGGACCCUGACGUCAGUACCCCGCUAUACAUAUAUCUACCAUUCCAAUCCGUGCAUGCACCUCUUCAGGUUCCGGAUAUAUACAGCAACAAGUACCCGAAUGUCAAGACAGAGUCGCGGAAGACAUACCUGGGUAUGGUCACGGCCAUGGACGAAGCCAUCGGAAAUAUCACAAAAGCUCUAGAGGCUAAAGGAAUAUUCGACAACACCCUGGUCAUAUUUACAGCUGACAAUGGAGGUUGGGUGACAUUUGCCGGAAAUAACUACCCAUUGAGGGGAGGUAAGAUCACGUUGUUUGAGGGAGGUACCAGAGCCACAGCCUUUGUGUCCGGGGCCGGUAUCCAGAAAACCAAUUCCAUCUACGAUGGAAUAAUCCAUGUAGUAGACUGGAUGCCCACAAUCCUCAGCGCAGCCGGUGGGACACCAGAUCCAAACCUGGAUGGCAUUGAUCAGUGGGACAGUCUAAAAACGGGAGGGGCAUCCAAAAGAACAGAAUUCGUAUACAACAUUGACGAUAAGCGGCCCGAGGUUAACGGCCAUGCUGCUAUAAGAAUGGGUGAUUAUAAAUUGAUAGACGGUUACCCGGGGUUUUAUCAGGGCUGGUACAAACCCGAUCAAGUGGAACAGGGUUACUAUGGUGAUACACCUGUCAACGCCACACAGCUUUUCGCUGACAAAAUGAUGCUAUUUAACCUAAAAGACGAUCCAAAUGAACGUGUCGAUUUAUCUAAAAAGCUACCAGAUGUGGUAUCAAAACUGAAAUCGAGGCUUGAAGAAUAUCACAAGUUGAUCAUUCCUGCCAAUUUUCCACCGAAUUCCAAAGCUGCAGCUCCACAGAAUUUCGGCGGAUUUUGGACACCAGGAUGGUGCUGAAUAGAGAAUGUUAAAACACUCCCGAUGAUUAAAAUGAUUGUUUUUGUUUAAAUGAGUUACUAUAUAAAUGUACACGUACCAUGAAAA